AAGAUUAACCACUCCACUUCUCCUCUAAUAUAAAUACACUCUAUUUUCUAUUGAAAAAUAAAUCGCCCGCCAACAUCGGCUCCGCCCAACCCCGUGACUUUUCCGGUCCGAUUUUGCUAGAUCAACCUGUUUGAUUGCCGAUAAAAUUCCAGGUAAAAAAGAUAGAAGAAAAUAAUGACGUCCGGCACGAGAAUGCCGACGUGGAAGGAGAGAGAGAACAACAAGCGGAGGGAACGGCGUCGGAGGGCAAUCGCUGCGAAGAUCUACUCCGGCCUAAGGAUGUAUGGAAACUAUAAGCUACCCAAACACUGUGACAACAACGAAGUCCUUAAAGCUCUCUGUAAUGAAGCUGGCUGGACCGUCGAAGAAGACGGUACCACCUACAGAAAGGGGUGCAAACCAAUGGAUCGGAUGGACAUAAUGGGAGGGUCGACAUCAGCAAGCCCAUGUUCAUCAUAUCAACCGAGCCCAUGUGCGUCCUAUAAUCCAAGCCCGGCCUCAUCUUCCUUUCCAAGCCCAGUAUCAUCUCAUUACACUGCCAACGUAAACAGCAACAAUAAUGCUGAUCCAAAUUCGCUCAUCCCAUGGCUUAAAACCCUUACUUCAGGCUCAUCAUCAGCCACGUCCAAGUUUCCCCACCACCUAUUCAUCCACAGUGGCUCAAUAAGUGCUCCAGUGACCCCGCCACUGAGUUCCCCAACUUGCAGAACUCCCCGGAACAAAAACGAGUGGGAUGACUCAAUGGCAGCCAGCCAAAACUACCCUUUCCAGCCCUCGUCCAACCCGCAAAGCCCAGGUCGCCAGGUCCUGCCUGAUUCAAACUGGCUCGCUGGUAUCCAAAGUGGGCCGUCUUCCCCAACAUUUAGCCUGGUGUCGAGAAAUCCAUUUGGGUUUAAGGAUGAGGCCUUAUCAAACGGAGGUUCACGAAUGUGGACUCCAGGGCAAAGCGGAACUUGCUCCCCUGCCAUUGCUGCGGGACUCGAUAACACCUCAGAUAUUCCCAUGUCGGAUGGUAAUAUUGCAGGAGCAGAGUUUGCCUUUGGAAGUAAUACGACAGGUUUGGUGAAACCUUGGAAAGGUGAGAGAAUCGAGGAAUGUGUCUCUGAUGAUCUCGAACUCACACUUGGGAACGCUACGACCAGGUAAGUGGUUGGAGGCAAUAAAUUAGUCAGUGUCGUUGGUUUCAGUAAUUGUAUUCUAUCGUCUUGGAUUUGUUUGUGAACGAGUGUCGCUUUGUUUGGUGCAGCUGAUAAGACACUUGAAAACAUGGUUCUUUUAAAUGUCAAAUUCGAUUCCAUGUCCUCGAGUGUUUCGGUGGCGAAGGCAUGUCAGUUUAGAAGUACAGUGAGUAGGAGCAGCUGCUUUUUUUUUUUCUAAAAAAUAUUAAAGAUGAAAGAAAAAUAGACUAUAUUUCAAUUAUAAACAGUCCGUGGUAGUGCUUGUUCGGUCCCUUUAGUUCAAUUCAUUUUUCCAUUCUGUUUCAUUUCUUAUUUUAUUUUAUUUCCAAAGGGAAGCUUCAUAUACAAGGAAUGAUACUCUGGACUGGUGGUCUGAUUGUUGCUUUGAUAUAUUAUUGGGCUUGUGAUUGAAAGAUAA